CUACCUAGAUCGAUGGGGUAACCCGAGGCUCACCCAAACCACCGUGCCUCAGACCCUGAGCACCGCUGUUUUCCGCAGCAACCAGACCCAUCACUAUCGCCCGUCGAAGUAAAUUUCCAUCUCGUCUUAUUGUGCUCAACGCUUGCUUUCAUUCUUCCUCAUCCCCAGCAGCAAGCAUUGUUCUUCCUCGAACACUGUCGACAACCAUGUCGGACCUACUUCAUGGGUUGGAAGUUGCAAAGCACAAUUCCAAAGACUCGUGUUGGGUCAUUGUCAGUGGCAAAGCCUACGAUGUGACGGAUUAUUUGGAAAAACACCCAGGCGGAUCUGCCAUCAUUCUUCAGUAUGCUGGCAAAGAUGCUACAUCCGUCUAUCAACCGAUUCAUCCAGCUGGUACGAUCGAGAAAGCACUCUCUGCGGAUAAGCAUCUAGGACCUGUCGACCCUUCGACCAUCUCCACAGUGUCUGCACCUCAGGUGUCACGAAACUUGGACAAGAUGGCCCGGAUUCCUCUCUCACACUGUCUCAACCUCGACGACAUUGAAAAGGCUGCCGAACGCAUCAUCGACCGCGCCUCCUGGGCUUAUUUCCACUCGGCUGCUGAUGGUCUGGGUGCCCUUGCCAAUAAUCAGAAUGACUGGAGAAAGGUCCUUCUCCGUCCGCGUGUCAUGCGCAAUGUGCGACGGGUGAGCAUGCAAAGGACUAUGCUCGGCUUCAAGAGCCGCCUGCCCUUUUUCAUUGCCCCCGCAGCUCGUGCCAAGCUGGUUCAUGAGGAUGGCGAGUUGUGUUUGGCCCGUGGUGCUGCUAGAGCCGGGAUCCCAUAUUGUCCCAGCACAUACUCAACCGUCCCGCACGACGAGUUAGCACAGUGCUGGACCACAACGCGAGGAAACAGCGAAUACGGAGCCCUUUGGUUUCAACUCUACAUCGCCCACGAAAAAUCCAGUGCUAUCGAACUCAUCACCAAGGCACGGACGUUGGGCUACCAGGCUUUAGUCAUCACUGUCGAUUCACCCGUGGUUGGCAAGCGAGAAGAAGACGAGCGAUAUCGUGCCGAACUGGUAACCGCGUCUGGGGAUGCCUCGCUCCUGACGGAAUGGUCCAAACCACAAGAAAGUGAGGAUGGGCCGCCUCUACGCGGUCAUCACUCGUCCACUCUGAAUUGGGAGGACCUUGGCUGGAUUCGGGAAGCGUGGCAAAACGCUGGGCCCAUCGCCUUGAAAGGCAUUCAGACAGCCGAGGAUGCUGCCAUUGCUGUCGAGCACGGCAUCGAUGCCAUCUAUCUAAGCAACCACGGAGGAAGACAGUGUGAUGACGCCCCGAGUGGAAUCAGUACACUACUGGAGAUCCGCAAAUUUUAUCCCGACAUCCUCACCAAGGCCGAAUUUUAUCUGGACGGAUGGGUGCGUCGCGGUGCCGACGUCAUCAAAGCACUAUGCCUGGGCGCCAAAGGGGUUGCCCUCGGCCGGCCAUUCAUGUAUUCAGUCGCCAUGGGGGAUGAGGGGGUCAUGAAAGUCAUUCAACUUCUCAGUGAAGAAAUCGAGACCACCAUGCGCAAUAUGGGAGCAAGUUCUCUCGACCAACUCAACCCAUCUUUUGUCAACACCAAACGCCUGGAGCUGGAGUUGCCCGACGACCUCAACUUUGCCUUUAACGAGGCUGCCCUCAAAGCUAAAUUGUGAGAAACAAAAGUAGGGCCAUUUCAAGCCAAGGGGUGUGCAGUAUCGAUGGAGUUUGAAUGCAGUAAGAUCUUGGGUAGAUCGUGUAGACAGGUGUGUAUUGUAUUCUUGAGGGCAGUCAAAAUAGGGCAUGGCAUGGCAGACCUAGCGAGGCUGUGGAACGUAUUCGAGGUCAUACUUCAUGACAUCAAAAACCCACUCCUCCUUACCGCCACCAUCCACCCUGUCCAGACUCGUGACUGUGAAGUUUUUUAGACUGUCCCAGCCCAAAUGUAGAUAUAGCGGCUCUCCGGCUGGGGUGGCUAUCAGGGUUGCCGUCACGUUAUCAUCUUGGCCCAUGGUCUCUUUGGCGAAAUCGACACCGGAUCUCACUAAGGCGCCGCCAGCUCCUCGUCUUUGAUAGUCAGGAAGGGUGCCAAGGGUGUCAAGGUAGAAUUGGUGGGACGGAGGGUACGGCUGGUCGAGGUAUUGACGCUUUGCAGUGGUGAGCUGAUGGUCAAAAUCAAUGAGACGGGUGAGGUUGAGAAUUGCUAAACAAGCUUCAGGCACUUCUAGGGUGUUGACAUCCGUCAACGAGGGCAAGAAAAGUCCAUUAAGCAUUUUGAGAGAUGAUGAUGUUGGAGCAUGAGACCAGGCAUUCGGGAACUCCCAGAAAGCCACUCCUGCAGGAACCAAGUGAUGAGGAGCAUCGUUGUCCGGCAAAAGGGCAAUUUGGACCAUCAUGGUGGGGUCGUGUAGCACCGAUUUCACCUGGCCAAAGACACAACUGAAAUAGUCAUGGGGAUGUUGGUCCAUGAAUUGGUAGACAUACUGGGUUUCUGGUGAGUCAUGGAAGGCUUCUUGGACAAUGUUGGUGAUGCGUGAUGCGUCUGCAAUGGUGGCAUUGCGGAUCUCGACGCCGGUGAUUAGGGUGGAUUGGACGGAGCAAAUGGAUGUGCUGGGCCAGUUCAUCAACACCAGAACAAGUAUGGUUAGCGAUCGAAAGGAAACUUCAGGUCGGUGCAUCGUGGUGAGGUUUGCACAAAACACUGAGAUGGAAGAAAUCACAGGACAUUGCAAGGAGCUGGUUGCGUCCUUGGAGCUGUGGUAGUAGAACAGCCACAGGCUGCCGUUUCUCAAAGUUGAGGUUGUUGUCAGUAUGACGCAUUCAAUUAUUGCUGCGGUCUGGGACGGCAGGUGGGGUUACAUUCACCGUUGUGCCUACCUGGCCUGGUCGUGCUUGCCUACCCUGGAGCACUC